GAGCAGGACAAUCACUUAUAUUUGGAUACAAUUGUUCAGGGACAGAUUCUGACACACAGCCUGAGCACCAGAGGAGUAGAUGCUCUCCUAAUACCUGGAGGCCAGAAGAAUGUGCUGUCUGUCUCGAAGCCUUCUGGAGCUGCUGGGUGAUGCAGAUGGAGAUGUGGUCUUCAUGACCCUCAAUGUGUUCAUGAAUAUGCUCCAUAACAAAAACAUCCGGGUAUCGAGCACCACUGCCCCAAAGCUGGCUGAGGCACUCCUGGUGCUCUUUGACAAUGACGACAGACAGGUGCAGCUGCUCUCCAUUCAACUCUUCUGUAAGGUGAUGGAGUUGGUAGUGGAUGAGGGUAAAAAGCCCCUAGAGAAAAUUGUCAACAAGAGCCUGUACCCACUUUUACUCCACUGCAAUGACGAGAACCAGUGUGUGGCAAAUGUAAGGUUUUGUGUGAUGCUGGUGCAUCCCUGGGAGGGGGCCCAGCUGCCUCCUGCCCGGGUGCCUCCCAGGCUGCAACCUCCUCCUGGCCUUGCCCCAGGAACAAGAGUCCUGUGCCCUGAACUGUGGGGCCACCCACGCAUCUCUGCUGCUUUCCAGGCCUCUCGGAAAACACUGCAUUGUUCGGCCAAGUUUCUAAACAGGGCAGAUCUCGAGCAGCUGCUGAAGGAGCAGCCGAUGAAGAUUGAAAAGUCUAACCUGCAAGAGAACAGGAGCCAAGCGGCCGAGCUCCUGCGCCAGGAGAACCCACAGGAGCCCCGGCGAAAGGGGGCCAUCAGAUUCAUCGGAAUGUGCGGGCGGAGCCUGAGGAGGCAGCGGGAACAGCCCCAGCUCGUCUGUAAAGCCCGUCAAGCCCAGAAGCAAGAUGCCAGCCCAUCGUGCCUUAACCUGCAAAAUCAAGCCCAGUUUCCCCGAAGAGCUGAAGAAUUAGGGACGUCUUCUGAAUCCAGUGAACCAGCAUCCCAAGAACACACCAGGAGGCACUGAAGAGGAUGCCACCUCUCAGUGCUGCUGGAGCUCCAGGAACAGCUGAUGCAGGACACAGUUCUCAUAACUUCAUGCCUCUUCUCCCUGUUAUGCGGAUACCUCCCUCCCUCAGCCCUCAGACCCUGCCCGUCCCCUCUCUCCCCUCUGGCUCAUCCCCUUGCUUCGCCUGCCAUCAAUAAACAGUUUGGCUUCUUCA